AUGCCGUUAACCACUCUCUUGGAUGCUGAAAAUAAAGAGAUGUUUAUGCGUGUUUUAAAUAUAUCGUAUCCGUUGACUAUUGAAAAUGUGCAAAAGGAAAGUUGCAGUAUCCGUAUUAAACUCAAUUUUCCUAGCACUUCUGAUUCGGAUAUAAGUGUUAAAUAUAAAGCAAAUAUGAUGUAUAUUCCUGCAGGAUAUUACAGUUUGGAAAAAUUAAUACAUGUUAUAAAUUCAUACGUAGACGAAUACGAUGUAAAUUUUAGAAUCCUAAACGGCAGUAGAAUUGGUGUCACCUAUAACAUCGAGCGGGAGUAUUGGUUUUCCAAUGAGAGCAUUACAGUUAACACUCGUAAUCCUAAACAAAUCUUUCAAGUGUUUUCCCAAACAACCAAGGAAGGUGAUGAAUUAGAAAUUGAAUUAACAAAACCAUUGCAAUAUAUAUUAGGUAUGAAGGAAAUUAUAGUGCACCCAUUGGUAGAGGAUUACAAAAAAAUUAUUAGGCUCGUACGGGUUGGAUAGUUGCUCCAGAAACAUUUGCUAAAUACAAUUGGUUUCAUUUUAUGAAUAAAGCUAAUGAACAGGGCACUAAUGGUUUUGUAUGUUCAUAUAUGGGCACAUUCUUACCCGAUAUAUCGGAUGGUAUUGAUAAAAUGUUUAUAUAUUGCGAUCAGGUAGAAAACUCAAUUGUUGGUGAUACAUAUGGAAGAUUACUUGCAAUUGUGCCUUUAAAACCCAAAGAUCGAGGAAAUGGUUCAUUAUGUGUGUACACACCACCCGACAUCAGACGUAAAUUAAUUAAGAGUAGAAUCAAUCAAUUUAAUAUUGGUUUAUAUGAUAAUACACAUACAUUGAUACCAUUCAGCGGUGGCACUGUUAAUAUCGAGUGUGUGCUUGAAUAACAAUGUUAAGGAUAAAAUUCAGAGUGCCACACACUAAUGAUAAUAGACCUGCAGGUCUUGUACCUAUUGAAUAUGAAUAUACAAAUGGUGUUGUUUCAUUCGAAUAAUAUUAACAAAUGAGCAGGCGUGUUUUAUUAGGUUUAAAGACACGGGCGCGCAGCGCGAGUGGCUUUAGACCUAAUAAAACACAACCUGCGAGUUUAUUAAACGGCUUCAAACACGACUACAAAUUCAAUAGAUAAACUGCCUUAUUAGUAUUCUUUAUAUAAAAAAUACUAAUGAGGACACGACUACGACUACAAAAUCCAAUAGAUAAACUGCCUUAUUAGUAUUCUUUAUAUAAAAAAUACUAAUGAGGACACGACUACAAUAGAUACUGCCUUAUUAGUAUUCUUUAUAUAAAGAAUACUAAUUAGUGUUUUAUCAGGUUUAAAGCCACUGCACGUGACAUAUUAUGGUUGACAUGAUUUGCCAAUAAGCUUAUGAAUUAUUAAUGAGUGUUUGAAGCUUCAGAUAAACUAACCGGUGCAGAAAUUAAAGAUCCAUUUCAUAUUGCGUUUCCAGAGAUCGAUAAUUUUACCGUGUGUAUUAAUGAAGCAGAAAUACCCCCUGUUUAUCAUAAUUCACAAGAAGCGUAUAUGUCUUUAAGACAAAUUUUGGAUCUUCGCUAUAGUGAAAUGCCAUUUUCUUAUGAUGAUUAUGUAACAGACUAUGGAAUCAUAGUCAAUGAUUUAUCCCCAAAUCGCGAUGGCCAUUCUCAAGUUUUACCUAAUGCAACAAGCGGUAAUGUCGGUAUCAAAUUAACUUUUACACAAGACACAGCAGUCGCACAACAACUUAUCUGUGUUGGUGAAUUCCGCAAUCAAUUGAAUGUGGGUUAUGGGACACAAGCUCGUUUAAGGUGGCUCCCUACAGUUAUUCUUGUUUACCCAAUAAUUCCGUAAAACAGGCUUAUUUGUGCAGAACGCGAAUUUGUUUCGAUUUGGUGACAAUAUUGGUCAACUAAGGAAUAUUUCGAACUGGAUUUCGACAAGUCAGCAUUACCAUGGCAACAUGACGACAGCACAAAACCUUCCAAUUUAACCCAUAAAUGUGCCGCUAUCUCACAAACGAUGUCGGUGACCUAUCUUGUGGUGACCUAUCUUGACCCAAUUGUGGUAAAAGUUUAAAAAAAUUCUGUAGUGUGUGAUAUUUUUAAAAGCGAAAAUUUUAAUGCGAAAUUUCCACACUACAGAUUUUUUUUAAAAAUUGAAAUUUAUAUAAUUUACUGCAAAAUAAAUUCAUGGUCAAAAUUUGAAGAUAGGUCACCGAUGAAACUAAUUUGUAAAAUGCAAAUAAAGUUAGAAAAUAGCCUCGUGUAACUCGAGAAAUUCCCCUUAUUAGAAAAUCCCCCUAUAUAAAAGAUUGUACGCGGGCGCAGAACGAGUUUUCAUUCAGCAAAAUCGAGCGGAAAUGUUGUUUUUACUGUUUUGUUUUUGUCAACUUUUCGAUUUAUUUGAGUGCCAUGGACAGCCAAGGAUUAAUGUGAAGGAUCAAAUCGAUGAAAACAAGGUUGAAGCUAAUUAAACCCUGCCGUUUACUCAAUCUAUGAGCUGUAACAGCCUAUUAACAGGUGGACGUGUUUUUUUGUUUCAUGUUUGGUUUUGUACUUUUUGCUAAAAAUGAACAAUUAGGCUAUGAAACUGAAAUAUUUUUCUGUUUACAUAUAAUCACUUUAAUCUUGUAGAAACACGACUAAAAACGUGAACGUUUUCUUGAGAAGUAAAUAACUUUUUAAACGUUUGUAUGCAAUUUUGCAAAUGUUUUACAGUUGACAGUGUAUAUUUAAAAAAAUUUAAAAACAUUGUUUCAUAGCUAUUUUUUGGUCUAGUGAUAUUCAUAUCAUAUGUAGAAUUGCUGUACAGACUCGCAAGUGAUUUGGCACUCAAAACGAAGUAUUAUUCAAUGCUUUUUUCCAUUAGAAACCUUUCAGAAAUAGCUUUAUUUUUGAAAAAAGCGUGGUCAAUUUUUGUUUUGUUUUGAUCAUGCGGUUGCGUGGGAUAGUUCACAUACUGGUCCCGCGAACAUCCCGCACGCAACUGUAGGGAGCCUCCUUAAAAUAUGAUUUUUAAAAAAUAUAAAAUCAUAUUGCAUCAUGGGGUGUACGCGCAAGACGUUAAAAACCGGUGCAGAUAAGAAAAAGGAAUCUUUUGUUUGUCAACCUCGUAUACCAAACCCUAAAAUUACUAGCGGUAAAGGUGUAAAUAUUCAAACUGUUCAUAUUCACAGCAUAAUAUAGAAACAGGAAGAAGUAGAAGAAUUACUAGCGGUAAAGGUGUAAAUAUUCAAACUGUUCAUAUUCACAGCAUAAUAUAGAAACAGGAAGAAGUAGAAGAAAAUUAGAAACAGGAAGAAGUAGAAGAAAAUUAUUGUGAACCGACAGAAAAAUAUUUUGAAUCCGAUAUUGUUGUGAACCGACAGAAAAAUAUUUUGAAUCCGAUAUUGUUGAGCAACAUCCUCACACACCCAUUGAAAUUGACGAUGUACAACAACAACAAUAUGAAGGUUAUGAUGAUGAUAAUAAUAAUAAUAAUGAUAAUGGUUGUGAUGAGAUAGUUGGUGGUGAAAAUAAUGAAUUAGACGAAGAAGCCAUUAAUUCAUUCAUACUUCAAUUAUUUCAGUUAAAAAAAAAUCUUAUGAAAAAAAGAGAAAACAGAAUUAUUCCUAGUGUUAACAAAUACUUAAAAUUAGAUUUUGAAGAAAAAGGUGAACAGCUUACACCAACCGUUACUCGAAAUUUAUUACAUAUUUGCGAAUUAAUAUUAGCAGAUAAAAUACAUAUUGAUGUGUCGCCAGGCGACAGAGAAGUUAUGGAAUAUAUUGUCGAUAAAGAUUGUCCGACAAAGGAUAAAAGGUUCACACUUGUCGAAGAUUUCUGCAUACACAGAUAUAUUUGUAAAGCUGUUAAAAAACUAGACGAAAUACAAUGUUUAGAACAACAAAAGCAAAAUGGGCAAAAACGUCAGACCGUUAGCUCUAAUAGACGUUGA